AUUCUUUGUUCUCUUUACACCUGCUGUCUCUGAACAGGCAGUUCCCAUUGAGCUGGGGAGCAGGGGGCAGCGCUGAAAUGAAAGUGCAGCUUAGGCUGCGUGGGCAGAGGACUACAGAUGCAGCUUUGCAGUUUGAAUUUAUGGCUUCUGUAGUAGGUUCAAUCUGGGUGCCAGGAACUUAUGGGAAAUGAUUUUAAGCCCCCAAAUUCAGAUUACUAGAAUGACUGACUGGAAACUGAAAGUUAACAGAUGUUCGAGGCGUGAACUCUCUUUGGCAGAUACGCACUAACUCCUACUUUUGAAGAUGAACCCUAACAGUCCUUUUCGUGGACAACAGCCUGCUGUUUUCCAAGCACCUUCUAAUAGUUCUGUAGGAAUGUUUCAGGCUCAAACACCAUUUCGAUUUGGUCAGCCCUCUAUGUUUGGACAGAGCAGUGGAGGAUCUGGACAGAACCUGGGGUUUGCCCAGCCAUCCAGCUUUACUCAGCCUUCGGGAUUAAGCCAUCCAGCUUCAGGGCAAACCUUGGUAUUUGGGCCGCCCUCUGGGUUUACACAGUCUUAUGGUCUUGGACAACCUACCCCUUUUGUGGCGUCUUCUGCACCAACUAGCUCCUCUGUUGUUGGAAACCAAGGAUUCAGUUUUAAGCCACCUACUAACCUUGGAACUUUUCAGAAUGCUUCUAACUUUGGAGUUAUAUCUGGAGAAGUUUCAAGCAGUGGCUUUGUGGGAUCAGAAUUCAGCUUUAAAACACCAGAAAAUGCAAUAUUUAAACCAAUCUUUGGUGCUGGUUCGGAGCCAGAGAAAACACAAAGCCAGAUCAUCCCAACAUCUUUCGCAUUUUCUCAUCCAGUUAGUAGUGGGCCUGGAUUACUGGCCCCUUUUGGCCUUUCUCAAGAGACCAGUAGCUCUAGUACCAGUACAAACUUCAGCUUUUCAAAACCAGCUAGCAGCAGUAAUUUGCCACCUUCCUUUGCCUCUUCUGUACCAAGCAAAACAGUAGAGGAUGACAAAAAAGGAACAAAGCCGCUCUUUGGAAGCCCUAGCAGCAGUUUCACUACUUUUUCUAGCUCAUCUGGGUCCUUGGAUUUAGGAGGAAACUUCCAAGUCAGUAUAGCAACUAAAUCAGAACAUGAUGAAGCUCAGAGUGAGCCACUUGCCAGCCUUGUAAAAGGAAUGAAAAGAAAAGAAGAACGAGAUCGUUCCCCAAGAGGGCGGGAUUAUGAUGGUGCAGAGGAGUCAGAGAUUGUAUCUAGGAGUGGUUAUCCUCCAGAUAAGCGGCCUGUUCGGUUAAACCGGCCACGUGGAGCAGCUGGCUUGUUUAGCCGAACAUUGCAGGAUAUGCUAAAAAGCAAUAAAGAUAGUGGACGUGUUAAAAAAGAGUCAAAAAAGGAAAGAGUAUCUGGAGAAUCUGGAGAAAAUGAACAGAUGUUGGGAGCAAGCCAGUCUGUGUUUGCCUCACCACGGCUCUCAGCACCAUUAAAAGAGGGAGAUGCUAAAGAGAAAACUGAAGAGAAAACUAAAGAAGAUUCUGCUAUUGUGACCCCUUCACGUCGAAAUCGAAGCAGCGAGAGUGUGGACAGUCUUGGUGGCUUGUCGCCAAGUGAACUCACAGCAAUCCAGUGCAAAAAUAUCCCUGACUACCUUAAUGACACGAAUGUGCUCGAGAAGCAUUUUGGACGGAUGAAAGUCCGGCGCAUCUUUACCAGGCGCAGCAAAAAGCUGGCUAUUAUUCACUUUUAUGAUCAUGCUGCUGCUGCUCAGGCAAGGAAGAAGGCAAAAGGGUUACAUAAAGACAUAGUAACAUUUUGGCAUAAGAAGAAAACAAGUCUUGGUAAGGGAGAAUUUUCAUCUAAGGAGAAGAAGGCAGAUGAAGAUGAAGGGAGACAAAGCAAAGAAGAGCAAAACUAUCAGCAUUCCCCUCUUCGCAAAUCUUUAAUAAGACCCUCCACCAGUAGCAACCUGUCUAGUAAAAGUUCUCCAGCUAAGAAAUCUGCUCUUACAAAGUCGCUGCAGUUUGAGGCAGACCCAUUUGAUUCUGGGACUGAAGGGCAGAACUCUGAGAGUUUGGCAGUGUCAGCAUCCUCUGUCAGUAACCUGACAGGCUCAGUGGCUGAGACCUCUGAAGACAAAUAUCGCCUUCUGGACCAAAGGGAUAAAAUCAUGCGUCAAGCUCGAGUGAAAAGGACCGAUCUAGGCAAAGCUAAAACAUUUGUUGGAACGUGCCCAGACAUGUGUCCUGAAAAAGAACGCUAUAUGAGGGAGACAAGGAACCAGCUCAGUAUCUUUGAAGUGGUCCCAGGAUCUGACAAGGUAAACCAUGCAGCUGCAAUAAAGGAAUACAGCAGGUCUUCGGCAGACCAGGAGGAACCUUUGCCCCAUGAACUGAGACCUUCAGAGGUGUUGCGCAUGACCAUGGACUAUUUAGUUACCCAAAUCAUGGACCAAGGGGAAGGAAAUUACCGAGAGUGGUAUGACUUUGUAUGGAAUAGGACACGUGGAAUAAGAAAGGAUAUAACCCAGCAACAUCUCUGUGACCCUCUAACAGUAUCCUUGAUUGAGAAGUGCACUCGCUUUCAUAUUCAUUGUGCCCACCACUUGUGCGAGGAGCCCAUGUCCUCCUUUGAUGCCAAGAUCAACAAUGAGAACAUGACUAAAUGUUUGCAGAGCCUGAAGGAGAUGUACCAGGACCUGGCUAAUAAGGGUAUUUACUGCAAGAGUGAAGCCGAGUUCAGAGGCUACAAUGUGCUGCUGAAUCUCAACAAGGGGGAUAUUCUCAGAGAAGUGCAACAGUUUCAACCUGCUGUCCGAAACUCAGCUGAGGUCAGAUUUGCAGUUCAAGCCUUUGCUGCAUUAAACAGCAAUAACUUUGUAAGGUUUUUCAAGUUGGUGCGAGCAGCUUCCUAUCUGAAUGCCUGUCUCUUACACUGUUACUUCAACCAGAUACGCAGAGAUGCUCUCAAGUCGCUCAAUAUUGCCUACACUGUGAACACUCAGAGAUCCACUGUCUUUCCUCUGGAUAAUUUGGUUCGCAUGCUACUGUUUAGAGACUGCGAAGAAGCCACUGAUUUUAUAAGUUAUUAUGGCUUGAGUGUGUCCGAUGGUUAUGUGGAGUUGAAUCGCUUAGCUUUCCUGGAGUCUGAAGGAUUGCCCAAACCAAGAAAAUCAUUGUUUGUUAAGCAGAAGCUAACCGCAUCCAUUGGAGAAAUUGUAAAUGGAGGAGCAUUACCCCCAGUAACUCGCCAUGUACCUGUAUGUAGCUUCAAUGGGCAGAACAAGUACACAGCAGGGAGCACUGCUGGGGAGCCAGCCAGCAGCAUCCAGAACGCCAGUGUAAAUGUGACAGAAGGAAGGCUAGAAGAGAGAGGCGUGGAGUCCGAAGGGACAGUGGUACAAGUCCAGCCUCCAGCUCAGCCGUUGCCUUCGCUGCUACCUCGUCCGCCAGUGCCUCCUGCAGCACAGUCCCCCUUUCAGCCGAUUGUGCAGCCUGAGCUUCCACCUUCAGAACCUCAGCCUACGUACACAGACCUGGACAUUACAGAAGUGUUGGAGGGCCUGGUGCAUGAAGUUCUCAAAGGAGAGUGCAGAGAAAUCGGCAAGACAGGAGCAGCUUACGUGACUGCGGCUAUGUGUGCCUCUGAUGCCACUGGAGAGGAACUCUUGACCGAAGUAAUGAUGGAGAUUCUCAGGCAAGUUGCAACAGAUGUAGUCAGCGCAGAAAGAGAGCGAGUCAAAGAGGAAAAACGCAGAGCAGAAGAAGAGAAGCAGAAGCAGGAAAGAGAACGGUUGAUAAAACAGUUGAGCCAUUCACUGGGUGCGGAGCUGACAGAAGAAGUAAUAAAGGAAGGUGUUCAAGAGACUUCAGCUAGUGAAUUAAAGUAUGCUUUGGAAAGAGACCGAAAAGCCCGCAUUGCCCGUUGCUCAGAGGAAGUCUGUGCUGAUGUAAUGCAGCUGUUUCUGGAAGAGGAGAUUUUCCAGAGUGCUAAGGAGACCCUCCAGGAGCUCCAGUGUUUCUGCAAAUAUCUGCAGCGAUGGAGGGAAGUUGUAGCAGCGCGGAAGAAGCUGAAGCAUCAAAUGAGGGCAUUCCCAGCAGCUCCCUGUUGUGUGGAUCCAAAAAACAAACUGAAAGCAUUAUCCCCCAGUGCAGAGUGUCCUAUUGCUGAGGAGAACCUAAUUAAGAGAAUUGUAAACCUGGGACAUGCAGGAAAUCUGGGAAUCUCCUGCACCAGGUUAAGAUGGCUGAGAAACAGGACAAAGCACCAAAUGAAAGUUCAGUACUUUUACCAGCAGUUGCUAUGCGAUGCUGCAUGGACACCCCUGGAUCUGCCUUCACUGAUCCUUGAACAUAUUCCAGUUCAGCGAGAACAGAUCUUUUGGAAGGUGCUCUUGGUGUUGCCGAGUUACGAAGGAUGUCCAGCAGAGGAUCCCAGCCAGGUACUAGCGGAUUGGUUGAAAGCCAAAUUUAUGGGAGAUAAAAGAUCCAAGGAUAUGAUCUGCAACACAGAGGAGAGAGUCCAGACACUUGCGUUGUUUAACUCUCUUGGUAUGCAAGGAGAUCAGGCUGUUUGUGUCAACUUGUGUGUAAAGGUGGCCCAUGGAACCCUCAGUGACACGCAGCUUGACGUGGCGGAGGCAGAAAAAGAUCUGCUUGGAACGAGUGGUCUUGUUCUCCUGCUGCCCCCUAGAGCGAGGAGUGACGAUGUGGCUGAGGAGGAUGUCUACUGGCUUGCAGCUUUGCUGCAGUUGAAACAGCUCCUUCAGGCAAAGCCUUUCCAUCCAAUAGUACCUCUGGUGGUUCUAGUCCCUACGCGGGGAGAAGAGGCCACAGAGAAGGAAGUAGAAGAAGGUUUGAUGCUGCAGGAUUUGAUUUCAGCUCAGCUUAUUUCAGACUACAUUAUUGUUGAGAUUCCGGAUUCUGUCAGUGACUUGCAAGGCACCAACAGGCUCUCCGAGGCAGUGCGAUGGCUGCUUUCCCAGUGCCCCAGCUCCCCAGAGCUUGGCUGCCAGACCCUCCAGCAAUUCAUCGAGGAUGGGCUUAGCCGUGAGUUCAGCGGGCGCUUCUACCAUGACCAGAGGCAGAGGCGCUUGGCCGGCCUGCCCUCCCAAGAGCCCAGCGCUAUCAUUGAGCUGUACAACAGCGUCCUGCAGUUCCUGUCUGGGGUGGUUUCCUCAGAACAGCUCUGUGACCAGUCCUGGCCUGUCACUGAGUUCGUGGAGCCUGGCGGCAGUCAGCUGCUUCCUCACCUCCAUUGGAACACACUGGAUCACCUGGGCUGGCUGAGGAAGGCCGUGCUGUCCUUCCAGAUCCCGCACAUGGACCUUCCUCCUCAAGGGGCUCCCUGGCGUCCUGUCUGCUCCAUGAUUUUCCAGUACGUGUCCCAGAUCGCCAGCUCUCCCCAGACCCUGCCGAUACUCCAGUCUCAAGUGGAGAACCUGCUGAGCAGAACCUAUUGCAAAUGGCGGGGCAGGCUGUUUGCCAGCUCAGGAGAUGAUGGACCUGCUGUUGACGAAAUCCCCUGGGACGAGAUCUUUGUGCUGUGCAUUGAUCAUAAACUGAGAGACUGGAAACCCCCCCGGCUGCCUGUCAUACCAGAAGCAGUGAGUGAAGAUGGCCAGAUAUAUGUCUAUUUCUUUGAGGAACAUUUAAAAACCUUCACUCUUCCUUUUUCAUGGGAGCGGGCCAGACUGCAAACGCAGAAGGAGAUCCAGAAGGGGGACACAAGGUCAAGGAUAUGCUCUCCUCAGUCAUUUGCAAAACAUUAUCCCAUUUUGCCGCCUCGAACUGAGCAUGUCGUCGGGCUGGGGGAUCAAGAAACGAGGAUUCCCAGUGCAGCAGAUCUAACACACGUGGCUUCGGCCCAGGAGCGCCUCCCAGAGCGCCUGGCUGCUAAUCUGGAGCUGGAGAAGAGAGAGCACAGGAGGUUUGAGGAGCAGCUACACCAGUGGUUAGCAGAAGACUCUGAGCAGCUCCCAUGCUCUGUGUCUCUUCCCCUCUACCUCCCUCAGAGCCUGGUCUGUACGCCUCAGGUUAUCCAUCCACUGAGUGGAACGCCCACGUCCCCACAUGCACAGGCUGGAAGUCACGUGGAACAUGGGCAUCUGGUGAAGGAGACAGGAACCUCUCUGUCAGACAGACUGAAACGCUUAAAACGGCUGAUUAGAGCUAAUAAGGAAGAGGAGAUCGCCUGUGAGCUUCAUCUCUCUGCCCUGCAGGACAUGGUGGAUGUUUAACCAUGUUUAACUAAGCCAGCAUGUGGAGCAAGAGACCUCACGAUGAAAGAUUGUCCAGGAUGUGGGGUCAGACAAUAAAUGUUCCCACAGCAGGGGCCUAUGCUAGAAACUAUGCCUCUCCUCCGGGGAGGAAUCGUGGCAACAUACACUGGACAGGGAUGGAUCUUGUGCACCAGUCCCUUGCCCAGCAGAGGGGGUGUCUGCUCAUAGCCCCUCGUCUGCCCAGCCCUGCAUUUCUUGUGAGCCCACGUCUGGGUUUUGUCUGGGGUCCCCCAGCGCCAUGAUUCCUUCACACCAGCUGCCCUGUGCCAGAGGUGGGGAACUGGUUGCCUCAUGACAAGCAGUGCUUCAGGCUCAAUCUGUACAUUAAUGUUCCCUUUCUAUGAACUCCCCUCGCUUGCGUCCCAUGACUGCCCCAGCAGAGAGGGGUAGACUGACCGCCAUCCAGACACUCAGUGUCUGCUCAUCUUCACAGCUGUGAGGGAAACCAAGCAGCCCGCCCCCUUCUUUGACUGCCAGCCUCCCUGCCCUGCCAGCCUCUUGGGUGGGCUCCCUCUUGGUAAUAGACUAAGGCUGCUGAGUAAACUGUAGGCCACCAGGCUGGCAGAGUUAACACUUUAGCCUGGGAUUGGAUUUUGGUCUUUGCUGAAACGAGAACAAUAAAAUCCUGCCAGUGGGUGUACAGGAAGAAGAGCCAUUCUGCUGGAAUCAUGCAGCUCAAUUUGGUUUCACUAAAAGAAUGUCGUAAGGUUGGUUAGUCCUAAGUCAGUGAGGAUCCUGAGGUAGAAGGGAACAAUGCGACUCUAAUCUAAACACAGAAUAUAGCUAGAAGUCACAGGCUGAGCAGUUUGUCGUUUAUGGAAAUUGUUCUGUUCUAGUGUGCUUGUUUUUUAUUCACGGUUCCGUUGCCUUUUGAGCCUCCUAGCUGCCCACGAAUAUCUCCUCCCUGUUUAAGAAACAUUUGAAGCAUUGUUCUUGUUCUCAAGAAUCCAUAAGAUUCCUGGACUGUUGUCUCUGAAUAAUGCUCCAUGCAAGGGGAUUCUGGACUUUGUGACUUAAGUUUCGUUGUUUCUGGCAGCUAUGUACUGAAAGAGCUGUUUCCCUCUUGUGUGCAAUAGUGUACUGCUGAGAACCGAGCACAUGCGAUUUUGUUUUUCAGUAGCACAGGGGCAUUGAGGAAUUCUUUAGCAGCUGCUGUUUCUCAGCUUCUCAUGAGGUUCUUGUUUGGAAAGUUGCAUCGUUUUUAUUUCAACAUAAAAGUAUUAUCUGCAGUGAACUCAUGGGAGAGUGUGCUUUAUGAGAGUAUUCUAAUGGAAGGGUUUGUUCAUGUAAGAAAGCCAGAUUGUUUCAGUCUUAGAUUGAUCAGAUAUUCUGAAACAGGGUUACCGACAGGUUUAGCAACGAGCAGCUUCUCCUUCUUGCCCACCCAUCAGAAAGGAGUUGCCUAUUUAAACGUUUGUAUUUAAAAUUCUCCCUGCUCCCCAAGCAUUCACCCCCCUGCUCCCAAAUCCCCACAUAUUUCCCAGUCUCUCUUUUUAAAGUAAAGCUUUUCAUUUCUCCUUAAAAUGCCAGUAGUAAAUUUGGGUUUAUCUUUGAAGUUAAAGAUCUGCUGAUAAAAACUGGAAUAUGAGGGUUUUAAAAAAAGGAAAGGGAGGGUGUGCUCGAAGGCUGUUCUUGCUGGUAAACUCUUCCUGCAGACCAUGGAGCUCCUUUGGGAUUAUUUUUGAAACAGACUAAAAUGAAAUUAACCAGUCCACAUGCCUUGUGCUCUCAGCAAUGGCUCGCUCGUAAUGCUGUGGUUGAUCUGCUCUGCAUUUGCAGUUAGUGUUGUAAGACUGUAAAAUGGAAUCAAGAAACCUUGGCACUGUUUUUGAGAUCAUGCUUUCAACUACGUACCAAUGUAACCUUUCUAUGUAUAUAAUAAAUUUUGAGUGGCUUAAA